ACCAAAUCCAAUACUAAAAAACAACAAUUGACUCUAAGCAAUCCAGCCGAAGAAGAAUGCUGCCGCAGCGAAACAGAAACCACCACCACCACCACCACUGCCGCCAGUUCAGGCGCAGUACACAGUGCCGAUUGGGGUUCGGGUCCGGGUUUGGAUCCGGGCGCGGUGAGAAUGUCGAAGCCCCACAGAGGUGGGGAGGAUCUCCGGUGGGAGGCGAUUGAGCGCGUGGAGGCGACGUACGGCCGGCGGUUGGGGAUCGGGGAUUUGAGCCUUCUGAAGAAGCUGGGAUUCGGCGACAUCGGGAGCGUCUAUUUGGCGGAGCUGAGGGGCGGCGGCGCCGGCGCCGGCGAAGGGUGUCUUUUUGCGGUGAAAGUGAUGGAGAAAGAAAUGCUGGUCCGGCGGAACAAAGUCCGGCGAGCGCAGACGGAGAGAGACAUAUUGGGGUUGCUGAAUCACCCGUUUCUUCCCACGCUUUACUCCCAUUUUGAAACCCCUAAAUUUUGUUGCCUUUUGAUGGAGUUUUGCUCCGGCGGCGACCUCCAUUUGCUCCGCCAGCGGCAGCCCGGCAAGCGCUUCUCGGAGCAUGAAGCAAGGUUUUACGUAUCGGAAGUCCUACUCGCGCUCGAAUACCUACACAUGAUGGGAGUUAUUUACCGCGACCUAAAACCCGAAAACAUUUUGGUACGCGAAGACGGCCACAUUAUGCUAUCCGAUUUCGACUUGUCGAUGAGGUGCUACGUGGAUCCGACCCUUGUUGCAUCCAUGGACAUUAAUCCAUCGUCGUUUUGCAUCCGACCAUCGUCUUGUCUACGCCCUUCUUGUCUAAAACCGACCAUAAAAUCACGUAAAAAAAUUACAUCAUCAGCCUACGGUCCGGACGCAUUGCCGGUUCUUGUGGCGGAGCCGACAACGGCCCGGUCGACGUCGUUCGUCGGGACCCACGAGUACUUGGCGCCGGAAAUUAUCUCCGGCGCCGGCCACGGCAGCGCCGUCGACUGGUGGACGCUCGGAAUCUUCAUGUACGAAUUGUUGUACGGGAAGACGCCGUUCAAGGGCGGCGGCGGGAACCGGGAAACGCUGUUUAAUGUGGUCGGAAAGCCACUGAGGUUCCCGGAGGACGGCGGAGUAAGUUUUCCGGCGAAGGAUUUGAUGAGAGGGUUGCUGGCGAAGGAUCCGAAGAGGAGAUUAGGGUUUAAAAGAGGGGCGACGGAGAUCAAACAGCACCGAUUUUUUGAGGGGGUGAAUUGGGCGCUUGUACGGAGCGGUCCGCCGCCGAGGAUACCGGCGGCGGUGGAGCCGGCGGUGGUGAAGGAGGCUAUAAGGGCGUGUUUGGCGGCGAGUGUGGAGAAGGGUGGGGAGGAUUUGGGAUUAGGAAGGUGUUCUGAUGAUCGUUUUUUGGAUUUUGAGUUUUUUUGAGGAGAUUCUUUUAUUAUUUUUAUUUUUAUUUUUAUUUUGUUGUUACUUCUGUCGUCAAAUUAAAGUUUGGUUAAAGAGCAAAAAACCAAUAUAUGUGUCGACCAAUUUCAUUG